AUCAACGCCAUCAGCUGUUGUAUCAGUUGUCAUUUUAGUUUGUGUACGACUUUAACCUCAAUAUAAAUUGUCUAAUAUAAAAGAUAUUGUGUUCUCAUAUUUAGCUUUACUAUGGAAGAAGAAAGUAUUCCCAUGGAUAUGGAUAUUUGUCGUUUGUGUAUGACAGAAGUGGGUUCCUUUAAAUCUGCAUUUGAUGCUGAAGAAAACACAGGAUUAGAAGUUCUUCUUGCAGAUAUGAUUAUGGCUUUCACUUCUGUCCAAAUGACAAUAGGAGAUGGUCUACCUGACAAAAUAUGUGAUGUUUGCUAUCAAAAAGUACCAGACAUGUAUAUAUUUAAAAAGCAAUGUGAGGAAGCUGAUAGAAAACUUAGGAUGACUUUAAAGAAAUUUCCUUUCAAUUUGAAUGAGGAUGAUAUGACCCCCAUAGAAUUAGACAAUUCAGAAAAUGUUAUUAUUAAACCUGACAUUUCCAAUGUUAAAAUUGAAGUUGUUGAUCAACAAUCAGAUGAAGAUGUUGUAUGUAAUGUAAAAGUGGAGAAUGUGGAUGAGCAUGUCAACUAUAAUAUACAAGAUCAAACAAUGCAAAUCUGCAAUGCAGAAAAAUCCAAAUUAUUUGAAUGUGAUCAGUGCAGCAAAUGUUUCAAAAGGGAAGACUUUUUUGUGCGACAUAAAAAAACCCAUGAAAUAACAUUUAUCCAAAUAAAAGAAGAAAUCAAAGAUAUAUCACAGGAGCAAGAGUUCAAAUGUGCAACAUGUAAUAUGGAAUUUGAUAGUAAUGAGACUUAUAAUGAACAUUUAGAAAUUCAUAGAGAAAGAGGAGAGCUGUUCCGCUGUCAAAUUUGCAGUAAACAAUUUGCAAAAAAUUUCCAACUUACAAGGCAUAUGAAACAAAUACAUUCUAGUUUAAAACCAUACAUAUGUAAUAUUUGCUCAAAAGCUUUUAAUCAGAUUUCAACAUUAACUGAUCACAUGCGUAUACACAAUGGGGAGAAACCAUUUUUGUGUUCAACUUGUGGUAAAAGUUUUAAUCAUUUAGGCAAUUUGAAGCAGCAUGCUGUUAGGCAUAGUGGAGUAAAGGCGCAUUUGUGUAACCUUUGUGGCAAUGGUUUUGCUAGUAAAGGAGAAUUAAGUGUGCAUAUGCGAAAACAUACAGGUGUACGUCCGUUCGUAUGCACGGUUUGUAACAGCGGUUUCACGACUUCCAGCUAUCUGGCCAAGCAUAAGAGGAUACACUCGGGCGAAAAGCCGUACGAAUGCGACGUAUGUAAGAUGAAGUUUUCUCGAUCAGGAAUUCUUGCGCGUCACAAAAGGACGCAUACUGGUGAAAAGCCGUAUGUUUGUAAAUUCUGUUCAAAAGCUUUUGCUCAGUCGAACGAUCUAAGCUCACACCACAGAAUACAUACAGGCGAAAAACCCUAUAUCUGCGAUCUCUGUGGUCAAGCCUUCCGACAGAGCUCAACACUUAAAACCCAUAAAAAGGUUCAUAUGGACAAAAAUAGCCGACAAGAUGCAGAUGUAAAUGUCGCGAUAUCGAAUAUACAGCAUGUUAUUAAUAAAAUCAAGAACGAAAAUAAUAUGGAAGAGAAUAGUUUGCGGAAUAUUUGUCGUGUUUGCAUGACGGAGAAGGGUAUUUUUCAAUCAGUUUUUGUUUCAGAGGAGAGAACAGGCUUGAAAAUUCAUCUUGCUGAAAUGGUUAUGGCUUAUACUUCUGUCCAGAUAACGUUAGGAGAUGGGUUACCAGAAGAGAUUUGCUCAGAAUGUGCAGAGAGAAUACCAGACUUGUACUUAUUCAAGAUGAAAUGCGAAGAGACAGACAGAAAUCUGAGAUUACGAUUGGGGAAGAACCCUUUUAAACUUAUAGAACAUGAGGAAGAAGAUUUACAUAAUUUUGAUUUAGAAGAUAAUGACUCUGAGGAUGUCAUUAUUAAACCAGAUAUUUGUGAUGUUAAAAUAGAAAAUUUGGAAGAUAUACCAAUUGAAAAGUUCGUAGAGUACACAGAACCUAAUGAUAUUUCAACUGAUUUGGAUAAUAGUGGUGAUAUGCAAGGAAAGUUAUUUGAGUGUGGUGAAUGCAAUAAAUGUUUUACCAAAGAGGAUAUACUUGUUAGGCAUAAAAGGUCUCAUGAAGCAACAGUAAUACAAAUUGAAGAAGAAGAUGCUGAUGACAUUGAUGAUUUGACGGAUCCACUAACAACAAAACAAGAAUAUAAAUGUUCAACAUGUAAUAUGGAAUUCGAUAAUGGUAUAACUUAUGAUGAACAUUUGGAAAUACAUAAGGAAAGUGGAGAUAUUUUCUCAUGUGGAAUUUGUAAUAAAAAGUUUACGAAAAAUUUUCAUCUCAACAGACAUAUGAAGUUGCAUGCUGUUGUUAAACCCCAUACAUGUAAAGUAUGCAAUAAGGGAUACACAAGAGCUGAGCAGCUGAGUCAUCAUAUGAAUAUUCAUACAGGUAUCAAACCACAUGUUUGUAAUGUGUGUUCUAAAGGUUUCAACCAGAUUUCAAAUUUAAAAGAUCAUAUGAGAACCCACAAUGGAGAAAAACCAUUUUUGUGUUCCACUUGUGGCAAAGGUUUCAAUCAAUUGGGCAACUUGCGACAACAUACUGUCAGGCAUAGUGGUAUCAAGGCUCAUCUAUGUAAUAUAUGUGGUAACGGCUUUGCUAGCAAAGGUGAAUUAUCCGCGCAUAUUAGAAAACAUACAGGUGCACGUCCGUUUGUGUGCUCUAUCUGUAAUCACGGUUUCACAACAUCAAGUUCUCUCACGAAACAUAAGCGAAUUCACUCGGGCGAAAAACCGUAUGAGUGCGAGGUGUGCAAGAUGAAGUUUUCGCGUUCGGGAAUUCUCGCGCGUCAUAAAAGGACGCACACCGGCGAAAAACCCUACGUGUGCAAAUUCUGUUCAAAAGCGUUCUCACAGUCAAACGACCUUAGUUCCCAUCUCAGAAUUCAUACAGGCGAGAAGCCCUACAUAUGUGAUCAGUGCGGACAGGCAUUUCGUCAGAGUUCCACCCUCAAAAAGCACAAAAAAAUACACAGCGAUAAGAACAAUAUGAUCGAUUCAGGCGUUGUUAUCGGAAUGGUGGUACCCUUCCUGAAUAACAUUUAGUAAAUGAUGUUUGUGCAUUUUUUUUUCAAACGUCAACGAAAUCAGAUUAUAUUAUUUGGCGGAGUCCUGACUUUCCACUCUUCAUAUUGGUUGGUAAAGAUUUAUUUAUCUUAUCAUAUAUAAGAAAUUUUUUUCUUUUGUACAUAAUUAAUAGAAUAAGUAUAGGUCUAGUCACUGUUUACACGAUUUGUCAGAGAAAUAACUGUUAUUUCUGCUGCUCAACAUAUGGUGAUUUAACUUUUUUUGAAAUAUAUCAAUUUAAGUGUUAUCGCGCAUUGUAUUUGUUAUUAAGACGACUGCGUUAAUUACUAAUAAAUAUUUAUAUGCACAUUAAUUUAAAAAAAAGCCACUGUUUUGGAUGUUUAAGGCCGAAUGUAUUUACUAUAAUAUAUGUAAUUAAAAUUAGAUAACCAAUUUAUAUAUUAU